AUGAGCCUGACCUCGCGGGUGUUCGGCCUGUUCUCGACAGCGACCUCAGACUCAACAGCACCAUCUGCGGGGGACUCACAUACCUCGACAUGGGCACAGCCAAGUUCAAUGGGUGGGAUUAGUGAUUCAAGCCACACUGUUCGAAAUGACGACCUCGCGCUGUUGGAGGAGGAGGAGCCUCGGCCACCAUACCUACAUGCGAUGUUGGCCGGUGGUACCGGAGGAACAUGCGGUGAUAUGUUGAUGCACUCGUUAGACACAGUCAAGACUCGACAACAAGGCGAUCCGACCUUUCCGCCAAAAUACACUUCGAUGGGCCAGUCUUAUGCAACAAUUUACCGCCAAGAAGGAUUUUGUCGCGGGUUAUAUGGAGGAGUAACGCCGGCCCUACUCGGCUCGUUUCCCGGCACCGUGAUAUUUUUUGGCGUGUAUGAAUACACCAAGCGCUUGAUGAUCGACUCGGGGAUCAACCCCAGCAUCGCCUAUCUGUCAGGCGGUUUCUUUGCCGACUUGGCGGCAUCAGUUGUAUAUGUUCCAUCUGAGGUGCUGAAAACACGACUUCAGUUACAGGGCCGACACAACAACCCCCACUUCAACUCAGGCUACAACUACCGCAACAUGCGAGAUGGAUUCCGCCAGAUUGUUCGCCAGGAAGGGUUUAUGGCAUUAUUCCACGGCUACAAGGCCACUAUCUUCCGCGAUCUCCCAUUUUCCGCUCUCCAAUUCGCAUUCUACGAGAAAGAGCAAUCUUUGGCUAAAAAAUGGGUUGGGAAACGGGACAUUGGGCUAGGCCUGGAGAUUUUGACAGCCGCCACCGCUGGCGGUAUGGCUGGUGUAAUCACCUGUCCGAUGGAUGUGGUUAAGACACGCAUUCAAACCCAGCAAAAUCCCCCAUCGCCUUCAUCAGGUUCAUCAGGUGCCAAACAUUGUGUCGAACACGUACCAAAAGAAAGCCCGCGGCCACACGCACUAACAUCACCACAUUCCCACACUCCCCGGGCACACUCGCGACCAAUCUCCACAUCAGGUGCAAACACAUCAAUUCCACCUCCCGGUACACCCCGACUUGACACUUCCUCCGUAUUCACCGGGUUGAAGAUGAUCUACCGGACAGAGGGUAUUGGAGGUUGGUUCCGCGGCGUGGGCCCACGCGGUGUAUGGACUAGCAUUCAAAGUGGGACGAUGCUGGUUAUGUACCAGUACCUGCUCAAGCAACUCGAGGCCUACCAAGCUCUGGAAGAAUCUUUGUAA